AUGAAGGAGCUCGAAGAACAACCGUUCAUAAAGCCGCUAGAUAUAAUAGAACUGAGAGCAUUUCUGGGACUGCUUUAUUUAUCUGGAGUGACAGUAGACAAUUGGUUCAUGUCACUUGAACUCUGUGAUCAACUAGAAGCCAAAAAGUUGACUGUCUUAGGCACU